CAAUAUAUCGGACGUCUAGUUCGUAGAUCUCGUCUAGACAAUUAGUCUAGACAUCUGAUUCAUUUGUCGUUUAAUGGAUUCUGACAGUUCCGAGUGGCAGCCUCCCUCCGAGGCAGAACAGAAACUGAUGCAGGCCAGACGAGACCGAGCUGAUAAGAUCAGCAAGAUCAUGGGUGACUAUUUACUGAAGGGCUGGAAGAUGAUGAGCUCUUACUGUGACGACUGUGGGACAAUACUCAUCCAAGACAGACAAGGGAAGAUAUACUGUAUAGCAUGCAAUGAGCUCAAUUCUGACACAGACAAAGACAACCCAGCCACCAAUGUUGUUGCAGCACAGUCACAGGCUAAAGAGCACCAGAGAGUGAUGGGAGGGAAGAAGAUAACAACCACUGCCAUAGUCUGCAGCAAUGGAGGCAUGUGUAGUAAGCUAGAUAGUGACAGUAGUGACGAAUAUCCUCUUAACCCCACCCAUGGAUCUGCCUCAGCGCCCCUCCCCCGAAAGGAACCGGUAGGGGGUGUAAAGGAGCGCCCCAAAAAGGCGACGGUAUCUCUGGAGGCAGGCUCGUGCUCUACCUCCCAGCUGACUCUGCCGCACAGUAAAACAGUCACCAUCAGUGAUGUGGCUAUCAGCGUAGAUGACACCCAGGACGUACUUAUACAGAAACUUCAGUGGGCCACGGAUCAACUUAAAUCCACCACCAGUGUCGAACUCUGCACUCAGCUUUGCCAGCUAAUCAAGGCAGCAGCCGAGGCUUUACACGCUAUCAAGCAGCUCAAUACUUAAGUUAUCUCCCCUUUAGUCAAAUCACUGAUGAUAUCAAUCUCCCUGGGUAUGUUAACAAACGUUGGUUGAAAUCUCAUUGGGACGACUGACGGGCACAAAUAGAACCACAGACCAUCGACUGAAUCCAUGUAGAUAAAACGACAAAUAACUGUCUACUGGUUUUGGACUUGUAUCGAUUACCCAUGUUUAAAUGUACAGGCUUUGAGUAGUGUCAUUUACCAUACUAAUGUUGUCUUCCUCUGCUAAAUUUGUUGUUUAAUGAAUCCCAAAUAUCUGUUAUCAUGAAUAUUAUAUACCAUAAUUUGUUUGUCUUCACACAAAAAUUGUAAAACUUGUCAUGAGAACAAGUCUCGUCACUUGUGUUUCCAGUGGAAAAAGUCAAAUAUUUCACCACCAUAUUCCAAAAUGUUUUUUUUUUUUCUCCAAAUAUUUUUUCAUUUUUACCUCUUGAGGAAAGAACAUACAUGACAACUGCAUUCUUCACGGUGGUUCAUCCAUAUGCCAUACAACCAAAAAGUGUCUCGCUUAGCAUGGGGUAAUUUUAAGAAUCUGACAGUUUUAUCUUACCAGCGGAAAGGCUCGACGAACAUGAGAGUGGAAAAAGUUAUAUUUAGUUAUUGUGUCUGCAUCAAUUAUAUGGGUUGAUAGGACGGUUAUCAGAGGAGAAAAUUGACAUCAUAGUAUCGAGGGCAGGGAUAGGGGUUGAAAUUGCUCUGGGUGACAAAAUGUCCAGGUGAUGCACCUUUUCCACUCUACAACUGAUAACAACUCUCCACAUAUUAAUUGAUUCCGAAUGCCGUUGAUGAAGGCAGCAAUAUUAAAGCAACCCUGCUGUGCGAACCCAUGGUAAUUUUUUUUCCAGAGUGCUGGACAGGAAUUUCUGCUAGCAUGUGGAAAUGGAUUAAUCUGUAUCAGUACAGUAGUCAUCGCUGAGUUAGCAAAGACUUCCCCCAUUUACCUGCAGGGUCUAUAUCUAGUGCCAUUUUUGUUAUGGAAAACCUUUAGGUUCCAAAACAGUUAUGUGCCCAAACUGAUCAAGGUGUAUUAAAACUAACAAAUAAAUUGAACAAAAA